UUCCAUCCUUGUCCCCGACUGUCAUCUCACGCGUUUCUCUUCGACCUCUGCCGCUUUUUCGUCGAAGCUGUAGAUCGUCUGCACUGGAUCUCAUCUCCAUCUCAUCUCUAUCAAGGUUGACGAAGGCUUUGUGCUUUACAAAGGUACUUCUCGGCGCGCAUCCUACACCUUAUAACUCUCAGAAUCCUACCUCGUGUGUCAACGUGUAGUCGAUCGCGUCGCAAUGGCAAGAACCUGCAUCCCUCUCUGCUCGAACUGCGACCUCUCCGUCUCCGUCGACGCCUCCCUUCGCGCAACCGAGGACAUCAUCCAGUAUAUCCGUGAAGGCCAAAUCCCCUCCGAUUCCUCCUCCCGCACGCACACCGCGGCCGCAGAUGCUGCCGAGUCGCAAAUCUGCAACCUCGAUCGUGUCCUGAAGCGGCUGAACGCCCUGACCGAGGAAGUGAAGGCGCACCGAGAUCGGCUCUCCGACUUCGCAGAGCAGCAGCGCGCCGUCACAGCUCCCGUCCGGCGCAUUCCCACCGAGCUCUGGCAGCAGAUCUUCCUCUAUGCCUGCGCAGGAACGACCCUCGCGUGUCCGCUGAAACCUCAUAUGCUCACCGCGCUUUCCCUAAGCCAUGUUUGUCGCGCGUGGUGGGCCAUCGCGCGGCAUGGCGCUGGGCUUUGGGCUCCUCGCCUGAAGUUCGACGUGGGACGGAUGCUGAAGGAUGUCACGAAGGGACGGAACGGGAAAGAAGUGCAUGAAUAUCGCUUAGCCGCGGCCUUCCACCUCAACCGUUCUCGCGCUGAACCGUUCUCCUUCGAUGUGAUAUGGGAAUGCGAUGGCAAAAUCCCGGACAAGCUGGAGGAAUACUUGGAGGACGUACACCUCCUGCUCAUGAUGCUAGCCGACAGCUUCACGCGGUGGAAGGAUUGCUCCAUCGCAGGGAGCGCUCUGGACUACAUGAUUUACCACGACUUAUAUUUUCGUAUCCCCGACCUCCUGGAGUCCUGCUCUAUCGUGGGCUGGAUGCGCGAGCAGGACCUCAUUGAGGAAUUAUUUAUGAAUGCCCCCCGCCUGACGCGCUGGACGCAGGAAUACGUGGGAUUCGCGCCGGAAUUGCCUUUUUCGCAGCUCACCCAUGUCAAGACGGGCAGAGUUCAUUCUUCCUUCGUGGCCCGUAUCCUCUCUUCCUGCGAGGCGCUCGAAGUCUUGGACAUCUCCAUCAUAGAAAUUGACCAAGCCCGACUCGAUCUGCCUUCGCACGUUGUGAUCCCGCGGCUGCAAGAGCUUUCUUUGGCUGGCCAUAACACUCUCGUUCUCAGCACCGUUCUGCGCAGGCUUGAAGCCCCCGCCUUAUCGCAUCUGAUGCUGGGGUCCAUACAUCGCUUUGUAGGCUUUGAGGAGUCGGUCUGGAAGUCGCUGUUUGACAGUGAGGAUUUCCGGUCUUUCGAGGACCGCACGCCGGGCUUCUCUCUGAGCGUCGACGAUCUUGAGGACGAUAGGGUGUACGAACUGCUGGAAUCGUCUUGAACUACGGUCGUCGAUCUUGCGAUAUGACCAUCUUCUUGGCAGGGAGGGGGCUCAGCACACGACGAGAUUCGGAAGAUAGAACGAGGUUUGCACGCGUUAGUAUGGUACUGGUAUCUACGUCUACAUUAGGCGGUGUGCGCGUGCCACGAAUGGACUUGAUGUGUUUCUCCC